AUGGCGAAGAGAAGGAGGAACUCAGAUGCUGCUUAUGCCGCUGAUUCACGCGCAUCCAAGAAGAAGACUCCUUCAUCAACUCAACCCAAGUCUUCCGCGCCUCUUGAAGAGGCACCCCUGACCACCCGCCGUUCUACGCGUGCCACCAAACGCCUUGACUACUCCGAUCACACUGCUUACGCAGACAUUGGAGACUCUAACGAAGAGAUUGAGCAACAGCCCGAGGAAACUUCCGACAUCGAGGAAGGUUCCUACACAAAGUCAGAAGACGAGCAGUCGGCAUCUUCCAUAAUGUCGUCUACUCAGUCCUUGUCAUCUGAUGAACCUGCCUCUGAACCCGAGUCAGUCGACGAACCGUCGCGCAAGAAAGUCAAGGCCAACAGCGGACACGCUCGCAAACCUGCAAAGUCCACUCCUGAGUCUACUGCUCGCAACAAAUCGACCCAAGAAGCCAAUACUUCCGAACAACAAGAGAAGCCGAGCAUGUCCAAGGGUAACAUGCUAAACUUGACCACGGGCAAGGACAGGGAUAUCGACGUCACGCUGCCUCCACUCUCCAACAUCCACUCCAUCUUCGAUGACAUGGUGGAAAAGGGAUUCGCGAAGCUGUCCCUUCCAAUUGAUCCAGAAGAGCCCAAGAAACAGAAUAGCAGGUCAAAACCCCCUUCAGUCAAGGCAAACAAGGAUGCACCCAAGUACAGCCUCGAGGAUGUAUGUAAGCAUAUCGGAUCACGUCCCUUGCGUGUUGCUACGAUGUGUUCGGGUACUGAAAGUCCUCUUCUUGCCUUGGACAUGAUCUCAGACUGUAUCCGGAAGAGAGAGGGCAGUUUGGAGCUGAGAUAUGAGCAUGUCUUCAGUGCUGAGAUUGUUCCAUUCAAGCAAGCAUAUAUUGAGCGCAACUUCUCUCCCCCUAUCAUCUUCAGGGAUAUCACCGAUAUCACUCGCGGCAAGGACGGUAAGGCCAUCACCGCAUACGGCGGCGAGGUUGAUAUCCCUGGUAACGUGGAUUUGGUAAUCGCUGGCACCGCUUGUGUCGAUUUCUCCAGAUUGAACAACAAGAGGAAGACCCUGCAGGAACGGGGCGAAUCUGGUGACACGUUCGCCGCAGUUCUGGCUUAUGCCGUGAGAUAUCGUCCAACCAUGCUCGUCUUGGAAAAUGUCUACGGUGCACCCUGGGACGAAAUGUUGCGCGAAUAUCGGUCGAAUGGUUACAUCUCGGCUGGUGUUCUUGUCGACAGCAAGCACUACUAUCUUCCACAGACCCGUCAAAGAGGCUACAUGGUUUGCAUCGACGAGAAGAAGCUAGACGCCUGUUCCAUUGACCACGCUGUCUUCAGGGAAGACUUUCAAGACAGGAUGGCGGACUUCAAGCGUCCAGCUAGCUCUCCCCUAUCGUCAUUCAUCCUGCCUAACGAUGAUCCUCUGGUCACUCGGGCCAGCCAGUCCAUGGCUCGUCAAUCUGAGCUUGACUCCUCGCUCAGAGAGGUUGAUUGGGCUGUCUGCGAAAUUGGCCACAUCAAUUACCGGAGAGAAAACGAGCUUGGAACCGCUCGGCCAUUGACAGACUGGCAGGAGAGCGGCACGCUCAAGUUGCCGGAAUACUGCAAUCGUCUCUGGUUCGGCAAACAAGUUGAGCGCGUCUGGGAUUUUAUCGACAUGUCACAGCUUCGUAAAGUCAACAAGACCAAGUCUACGAGCAAUCAGCGCUCUGUUACAGGAUAUGACCCCCAGUACAAGACUCGCAUCUGGGAUGUUUCGCAAAACAUCCAUCGCUUCACCGACGGCGCACCCUUUGGCAUCGCCCCCUGCCUAACCCCAUCUGGUAUUUUCUACAUCACGGAUAGAGGCGGUCCUCUGACUUACACGGAGAGUCUGAUGCUCCAGGGUCUACCCUUGGACAGAAUUUCUUUCACAACCGAGACCGAACGCCAAAUCCAGGAUCUUGCCGGCAACGCCAUGAGUACCACAGUGGUGGGUUCAGCCAUCGCGUCAGCCCUUCUUGCUGGAUUCAAGACGUUGCCGCAAGCAUCUGCUCAUCUGACCUCGAGCAAGAGAGCUGCCUUUGAGAGCGUGAUAACCUCUCGUGACAGACUCGUCCCUCAGCCGGCUCCUCAGACGAUGGUGGAAGGCAUCGAUAUCCAUGAACUUUGUGCUGAUGCUUGCAAGUCGGCUGCGAUGUGUGGCUGUGAGGGGCAGAUUAGCGUGUCGGAGAAGGCCAUCCAAACCUGCAGCGAGUGCGGCCACACCUCUUGUCUCACUUGUGGUGUCAAGCCCAGCCACCAGUACGGAGAGCCAUCAGAACCUGAGCGGGAUGAGCCGGACAACUUCAUUCAAAAGUGGAGAUCCUGCAUCCCUAUGGUAUUGAGAUUUCGCUCCUCGAAGAACCUCAUUAUGCGUAUCAAGGAGUCUGUCAAUAUCUCUGAGCCUAGCGCCAGCGAUGACGAAGCCAUGAAGCAAAGAGAGUUAAAGCAGCGAUAUCUUAACGCUGUCGAAAAUAUCUUCAGUGACCCUUUCACUUUCAAGGGUUUCAGGAGAACCUCAUCUUGGGUCGUCACUUAUGAGUCGUCGUCGUUCGCUCGCCUUGAACUUGUGCUGGGUGCCCAUGGUUGUAUGUGGAAGUUAUACGCAAAGCCCGACGACAAACUCAGUGGUGAUGACCAAAUCCGCAAGUUCUUCCAAGAACCUGUCGCUACAGCUCAAGUGGAGGAAGAUGCCUUCUUUGGAGUCGACUGGCGAUGGCGCAUGCUCCAAGAGUCCCAUGAAUCCUCGAUCGAGCUUCUCAUCCAAGGCCAGGGCCAGAGCGUACCAUCCUGGGCUGCUCGUCUCGGCCUACCUAGACACGCUGAAGAAGAGGUCUGGUCAGAACUGCGUAUUGCCAAGCGCAGUACUAACCAUCUUUCGAAUUACAAUGAAGCUGUUUACAAGCAGAUCCAAGGGACAUACAAGCUUCUGCGCGAUUGUGGUACUGCCGGUGAGUCUCUUUACAAGCGCAUCGAACCGACUGAAGCAUCCAACAUGUUCCUUUUCCUCGAUCCGGCGCCCAUCGGCAAUCCUAAAGAUGACUGCUUUGUCUUUGCCCGUGACCACUCAAAAUUGCAACACGAUCAAUUCAGAGAGAUCACGGCCAGCGUUGACGCCGCUUGGCGCCCCGAGGCCCAGAGCCAGACUCAAUCGAGUCUCAAAAUCUUACUGAACGGUCAUUGGAUUACCGAGGGCUCUUGUCUUCUCGAAGAAGCGAACGUGGAGACUACGAUUAGCUCCGACCUCUCGAAUCUCACUACAGACUGUAGUGCCACGAAGGCACUGGUUUCGCUCAAUUUUGUAUUGCCCUCAUCGAUGCCUAUGAAACUCUAUGAAGGACAGCAGCGAAUCAGACCUGAUGACGAGGCAUUCUUUGCGGCCUUCGGAUGGGCUAUGGAACCUCUCCGCCAGAUUGUAGGUCAGCAAGGUGCACAAGACCCGCUUGCCAACUCUGAUUGCGAGGAGUGUGCCCCUUCGUUUCCCGAGAUCUGCUGGCGUGUUAUUGAGAAGUCAAGGGGUGGCUGCGAGUUCAUCCCAUAUGAAGAUUCUACGACCGCUAGAAAGUACGAGAACGCCAUCAAGUCUCGACCCGAGCCAUUUGUCAUCGAGUUUAGUAUGCAAGAGAGAUCUGUCACGAUAGACGUUGGUUUGAGUACCACCACUCUUUGUCACAGAGCCGCUGGGAAACUCAGGAUGCUGACCAACUCCGUCGAUUUCGUGUCUUGGAACCUCGAUACAUCUUGGGUGGAAGAGCCUUGCGCGAAGUUCCCUCCUUUCACGCUGCUGAACAACAGUGACAACGUCACACACGAUACUUCCUUGGGCUGGUCAAAUGUGAUCAAGCUCUAUGACAUCCAGAAGAGAUCCCUCACUUGGAUGAAGCAUCAAGAACAAGGCAUCGGCCCUUCUUUCUUGGUCAAGGAGGUCGAAGAAGCUCUACUUCCUCAUCUUGGUUGGCGGCUCGAGUCAGAAGCGUCUACUGAAGUUCACGUGAAGGGCGGUAUCCUUGCCGACCAUGCUGGCUUUGGCAAGACGGUCACUUCCCUGGCACUCAUCCAUUCGGAAUUUCAUGAGAGAGGUGCCGGGGCCAUCGUCCAGGAUAUGCAAGAUAUCAGUGCUGAUGACGCACUCAUCGACAUCGCUGCGACCUUGAUAAUCUGUCCGACUAAGCUGGUUCAACAAUGGGCGGACGAGGUCCGAAGAUUGCUUGCAUACAAUGACGAGGAGCUCGUCACCAUCGUCAAGGUCAAUGAUCUGAAGAAGAAAAACUUGGAAGUGUUCAAGCAGGCCAAGAUCGUCAUCAUGGACAAAAACGUCCUUGGAGAGAAGUCAAAAUACCUUGAGCAGCUUGCAAUGUUUGCUGCAAUGCCCGAAUAUACCGGUAAGAGCACUCGAGGCUUGCGCUCAUAUCUCCGCGACGCUGUUUCCAGAAUUCCUGGACAUCUUCGUAUUCGUGAGCGUCUUCGCACUCGGGUCAAUGGAAACUUUGGCAAACUGCAAACCCACCUUCAGGAGGCGUACAGCGAGAUUCUGAAAGAUCCCAAGUAUCGUCAGUAUGCGGAAGAGUCAAAGCGACUGAAGGGAAAGGCGUAUGCCAACAAGAAGAAGAAAACCGCAAACGUCUCCAAUACUGCGUCAGAGGAUUUCGAUGUGUUCCAAUAUCGCAAAGACAUUGAGACAUGCGUGCUUCUUGAAAUGUUCCGCUUCAACCGUUUAGUCGUCGACGAGUUCUCUUACACGGAACCUUACGAACUCGUGAUGUACUGCAACAUCAAUGCUGACAAGCGUUGGGCUCUUUCCGCCACGCCUCGACUGAAGGACCCGUACGAUGUCUCGAGAAUGGCAUGUUUCCUUGGUCUCAAUCUGCCGGUCGGAGCUAGUGCUCCUGGACUUUUAUCGAAUGCGAACAUGUCAGCUCUACGCAAGGACAUGACAGAUCUGGAGGAAUUCGAAACCUUUAGACAGUUGCCUUCACGCACUGCACAGAAGACGAUUCAUACUCUUGCUCAGCAAUUCCUCGACACGUUCGUUCGCCAGAAUGUCAUGAGGUCUGGUCAAUAUCCCAGUGUGGACAACCUUGUUCCCAUUACCUUGAACGCCGAUCAUCGCCUGGUCUACACCAAUAUCUCACAGAAGUUGAAUUCACAGGAUAUGCGAAUUCGUAAGGGCCGGAGUAGAGAAGGCGAGUUCAGCAUCAUGCCCAAGGUCACCACCGCAGAGGAAGCUUUGUUAUGCAUAGCCGCAGUCUACAAUCCCUUGAAGCGGCUGUCAACUGGGCAGGUCGAGGAGGACGCCCUUCCAGGACUUGAAGGUCUUGUCAAGCAGUUUGGAAAGGAUCAUGCGGGGGUCCGAGAAUCCCUUCAACAAAGCAUUAAAAUCUGUGUUGAAAAGAUUCCCAGCAGCAUCAAGUUAUUCUCCACCUGGGUCAAGGAUAUUGCGACGACCAAUGCUCUCAAUGAUGAAGCUGUUGUUGACGAGAUAGAGAGAAUGAUAGAUGCGAUCACCCAGCAGUUCUUGGACGCACGCAAAUCUGGGAAAAAGCGAAAGCUAGAACAAGUCGACAGUGGGGAGGAGGAGGACGAUGCUCUCGACCAAGAAGAAUCAACAGGCCCAGAGGACGCCAAGAAGAAGAUUGGUGCGGUCAGCAGUGAUGCCAAAGCCUACGCCACUUCGACAAGAGCACUUCGUUUUGCCAAGAAUGCUCUCAAGCAUGAAAAGCGCGGCCAGGGCUCCUCACAUGGCCUAACCUGCGAUGGUGACGGCUGUGAAAACAAGGCUGACCUCCAUCUCUCGGCCAACUGCGGCCACGUCUUGUGUUCAGACUGCGUCGAGAUUAGCAGGCACCGACUCGGCACUUGUCUCGCUCAAGGAUGCAAGAAGGAUGUCAGAUCCUAUCAUCUUCUUGAUCUCGGCAAGCUUGGAAAGUCGGUUGCCAGCAAUUAUGGCAACAAGGCGGAUGAGCUCACAACCCUUCUCAACAGAAUUGCCGCUCAAGGAGAGCAAGCAAUCUUGUUCGUGCAGUUCGAUCUUCAGAUUGAUGACAUGAUCGAAAUUCUUGUUGCUGCCGAGAUCAGCUAUCACGAUCCACGAAAGGUUAAGGAUGACCUCUUCGGGGCUUUUACUGGUAUCUAUGGGACCAAGAAGGCCGAGAAGGCCAAGAAGGGCAGCAAGAGCAAGAAGAAUGACAAGGAGACCAACAAGAAGGUCCAAGAGAAGAAUGACAAGGAGACCAACAAGGAGGUCCAAGAGAAGAAUGAGAAGUUGCCCACGGUCUUGAUCUUGAAUUCGAACGACGUGACUGCUGCAGGGGCUAAUUUGACGUGUGCCAACCAUGUCAUCUUUUUCAGUCCCUUGCUCAAGCAAACUCAGUACGAGUACGAGGCACAGAUGGCUCAGGCCCUCGGACGUGUUCGUCGCCCGGGUCAGAACAGGCUUAUUCAAGUUUAUCGCAUGAUUGCUCUCGACACCAUUGACGUCGACAUCCUCGAGCAUCGUGAGCGUCGCACAACUGUCUUGCCUCAGUACCAAGACCCCAGAUCCAAGCAGACACGUACUGGCGCAAAGUUCAAGAUCGAUGCUGAGCUGGCUAAGCCUCAAAAGACGCAAUUGAUCCGCGAUGUCAAUGGCGAGUACAAACUCGUCCCUCGUCAGAUGCUGUUGGCUGCUGGAGGCGAGGGUGUUGUCGCAGGAAAGGACCGUGUUUUGGGCUACGAAAAGUUCAACUCCUUGAUUAAAUUCUCAACUGGCUUCAUCCAGGAUGACUGA